UUCAUCUGGGGUGAAAUGGGUUUGGUCGGGCUCCAUUCAGCCCCUGUUGGAGUUGAGUUUAUAGGAGUCGAAGGCAGCGGAGAGAAUACACCAAUUGCUGUAAGUGUAGUCUCUUCAGGGGAAAAUGCUGAUAAAACUGAAGAUCCCGAGUCAUUAAUAUUUACAGGGUUUGGUGGUACAACCAAGUUUCAUGAUCAUCAGCCAUCAGACCAAAAGCUUGAGGGGUUGAAUAUCCCACUAGAGGCAGCUCUUUGGAAGUUAAGUGCCGUGAGAGUGAUAAGAGGUGUGAAGGAUGAAAAAAGGACAAAUGGUAAGAUUUACAUAUAUGAUGGAAUAUAUUUCAUUACAAGUAUGUGGGAAGAGAAAGGUCAAAAUGGGUUCAAGGUGUUCAAAUUCAAAUUGGUGAGGCAACCUGAUCAAAAACCUGCUUUUGGUAUUUGGAAAUCAGUACAACAAUGGAAGAAUGGUUUGACUACAAGACCAGGUCUUAUUCUUGAAGAUCUCUCUAAUGGAGCUGAGAAUCUAAAGGUAUCUGUGGUGAAUGAAGUUGAUGAGGAGAAGAAUGGUCCUGCCUUGUUUACUUAUGUGACAUCACUCAAACAUGCAGUUGUCAAUAUUCAACCGAUGGUUGAUCGUUGCACUUGUCGACAGGGGUCAUGCGCUUCGAGAAGUGGUAAUUGUGCAUUCUCUGAGGCGAUUCGUGUUAAUUUAUCAUUGGUGAUUAGUGCAAAGAAGUCAGGAAAUGUGGCUCGAUUUAUGAACCAUAGUUGUUCACCCAACGUUUUCUGGCAGCCGAUUGCUCGUGAACAAAAUGGUUUAUGGUGUAUGUACAUUGGAUUUUUCGCAAUGAAGCAUAUACCUCCAUUAACAGAGUUAAGAUAUGAUUAUGGAGCAUCUCCAGGAGUUGGGCAGAAGAAGAGGUGUCUAUGUCGAUCAAAGAAAUGUUGUGGUUUAUUUGGAUAGCGA